GAUUUGAUUAGUACUCAGCCCCCUCCAGAUUGUAUAAUCUAGCAUGAGGAUCGCUUACCUCACCCCUGUCUGCAUUAGAGCUCACCACAGUUAGGUAGUUGUGAUGACAGUGACCACCUUGCAAUGCUUUGUGAACUCCAGUAAGUUACUACCUAUGAAAUCCUUGGAACAAAAGCUGGACAUAGGACAUACUCAGUGAAGAAGAGAUGUUUUAAAAACCCACUUUAUGUUUUAAAAUCCCUUUCAGGAUGGUUAUAUGCUAUUGUCUGUCCUUCUCAGCCUCUGUGGUUUCUGGGCACUGCCUUUAUCUCCUCUACCAAUGGAUCUUUUAGCAAGACUUUGCUCUGUAGACAGCUAAGGGAUGCUUGAAGACUAGGGUGUCUACCUUUGAGAAUCCAUUUUAUGCAGAGAGCCACUCCCCAUCCUCCUGAGAACUUUUGCCUGUCUUCUCAGCCUGCCUCUUUUUAUAGGAUGUUCACUCUGACCAAAGCCUUGGAAAAGGCUCUUCUCCAGCAUUUCAUAUACAUGAAGGUGAACAUCACCUAUGCCAUCAACAAGCCAUUCCCCUUCUUCGAAGCGCUCCGGGACAAAUCCUUCAUCACUGAGAGAAUGUACAAGGAAUCUCUGGAAGCCUGUCAAAAUCUGGUCCCUCUGUCCAAAGUGGUGCACAAUAUUCUCACCAGUCUGGAGCAGACUUUCCACCCGUCAGUGCUGCUGACGUUGUUCAGCAAGGUCAACCUCCGGGAAUACCCCAGCCUGGUGGCAAUUUUCAGAAGCUUCAGAAACGGUAAUGUGGUUUCUCCAAUCCUUGUCACAUGUGCAGUGGUGCUACAGUAAAAGCCUGGGUUUGUU